UGAACAUGACGGUGGCGCGCAUGACGUACCUCCACCACAAGCGGCUCCGGGAGCCUCGGGAACCUCGAGCGAGCUGCGAGGCGAGGCAGUCAGUCGCUCUCAGCUACGACAUGCAUAACGCAUGAAAGCCCGAGCGAGAUCUUUCUAACCCGUCUCUCCUCCGCCGCCAUACACACACACAUACACAUACACAUUCACAUUCACUCUCUUGCUCUCUCUCUCUCUCUCACACACAUAUAUACAUUAUCUCUCUCCCCGUAUUCUCUCACCCACACUCACGCAUACACGUAUACACGUAUACCGUAUGUAUACGCACACUCAUAUACACUCACGUAAAGAGAGGGACGUCCACCGCCAGAAGGAACACACACGCACGACAUCAUAUACUUACUCUACUCCCGCCGAGUCGAGUCUCUUCCGUUCCGCGAUUACCGUCGUACGUCCCUUUACGCCGAGCCGGUCGGUCGCUUGCUCGUUGCUCGGUCGUCGGUCCGCGGUGGCAACCCCCGAGUGCAGUCGCGCCGUGCAUCGUCGUCAUCGGUUCGCGUUUACCACGUCGGGGCCACGGACACAACACCAGUGUGGAGUAAUCCUCGCAUCACCGUAGACGUCAUCGUCGUUUUCAAGAGAUAGUGAUUAUUCGACAAGUUCGAAUCCCCAACAGGGAUGUGUGAUCUCGGCUAAAUCGAUAUCCUUGGUCGCGAGUGACUUCUCGAUUCGUCUCGAAGGGCCGGAGCCAGAGAGCGAUCUUUUGCUUGUGAUUCUCGUGCCAGAAGAAGAAAGGAAGAACCGGAGUGCCGCGAUAAAGCGGUGCUCCGAGUCACGUUUUUUUUCCGCGGGGGCCCACCCCGUCGGAGAAGACCAAGAAGACGGUACACGGACGCCUCUUCCUUCGUUGACUCGUCGAUGUUUCUGUAUCGUCGCAUGCAUGAUAAUCUUGAGAAACUAUGGACGAAAGUUCGUCAAGAGCGAUGACCAGCUUCGUCUGGUACUUAGUGUGUCAUCGCGAACUGUGGAUUGUGCCACGAGUGAACAGUGAUUAAAAAAAACUUCUCGAGUAUCGUACGAUCGUACGUCAUUGUAAGGUGACUAAGCAUACAACUGACAGCGUUCGAUUCUAAGAUCUUGCGAAGAGACUCCACCGCGACAAUCAAUAUUUUCGUGGAGAUUUUUUAUCGAAAUAUAAAAAUCUUCAUUUUUUUUAAUCUAUCGACGAUAAUCAACGUUUGGAGAUUCUUUCUGCAAAAAGGGGUGCGCUCGAGAAUCCGCACGUACCCCGUGGACGUUCCACACCGUGGAACUACACCGAGGGGGUUUUGCGAAACCUCUCGACGAGCGGAAAGUAGAUGGCCGCUACCACGUACAUGCCGAUUAGUAGCGCAGUGUCUACCGACCUGGAUGGUGGUUCGGGUACAACGAUCGGAAUGAACAUCGCCGUAGGUGGCUAUUCUUCGGGCUCGCCCCGCAGCGCCGCCGACGCCGGGGAGAUGAAGUAUAUGCCGGCGCCGCAGCAUCAUCACCACCAUCACCAUCACCAUCAGGUGACGGGCUCGCCGUCGCCGAACGGACUCUCUCAUCCGGCGGCGAGUCUCUCUUCGGCAAAUCCCUGGGUGAGCCUACAGCCUGGCAGCGAUCCCUGGGCAGCCUCGAUGGGCAUGCAUCAUACUACCCAUCAUCCUCAUCAUCAUCCCCAUCAAGCUAAUGCGAGUCUCGACGUGAAACCACUGACCGCGGCCGCCGCGGCAACCGCGACGGACCAAGGCAUGCACCAUCGGGGCCCGCAUCAGUCCCCGGGCAUGGCCUCGCCGCACUCUUGGCAUGCACCGGUCGUUCCGUCGGCGCAUUACAACCCCAGCGGUGGCGCGGCCUCGCCCACCACCCUGCAACAGUACCACGCGGCGAUGAAUGGCAUGCUGCACCAGCAUCCGCACCAGCAUCCGCAUCAGCUGCAUAAUCAUCAGACCGGAUUACCUCACCAUUUGAGGGACGCGCACAAUCACAGUCCACCGUCGGGGCAUCCGCUGCAUGCGGGGCAUCCUCUCGACAGGGAUCACAGCGCCGGCGAGGAGGAUACGCCGACGUCGGACGAUCUCGAGGCCUUCGCCAAGCAGUUUAAGCAGCGACGCAUCAAGCUCGGCUUCACCCAGGCAGACGUCGGUCUCGCACUCGGUACACUCUAUGGCAACGUUUUCUCUCAGACGACAAUUUGCAGGUUUGAAGCUCUACAGUUGAGCUUCAAGAAUAUGUGUAAGUUGAAACCAUUGCUGCAAAAGUGGCUCGAGGAAGCGGACUCGACGACCGGUUCGCCGACGAGCAUCGACAAGAUCGCCGCUCAGGGUAGGAAACGGAAGAAGAGAACGUCGAUCGAAGUAUCGGUAAAGGGCGCGCUCGAGCAACACUUUCACAAGCAGCCUAAACCCUCGGCUCAAGAGAUCACCUCGCUAGCGGACUCGCUGCAACUCGAGAAGGAAGUCGUCAGGGUGUGGUUCUGUAAUCGACGGCAGAAAGAGAAGAGGAUGACGCCGCCGAAUACGCUCGGCGACGGCAUGAUGGAAGGCAUGCCGCCGGGCCACCAGGGACAGGGCGGCCUUCAUCAGGGUUAUCAUCCGCAGGAUCACCUGCACGGGUCGCCCAUGGGCCACAGCCACAGUCCGCCGAUGCUCAGCCCACAGGCUCUCACGGCUCACUCGCUUGCGGCUCACUAGCGUUCGCCGGGGCCUCCCCCAUUGGGCCUCGCAGUAACCUCGCAGAACUCGACAAACGUGUCGUCGACGGCGGAAACGACGACCCUGCCGCCGUUCUAUCAUCACUACCUUCAGGCACGCACCGGCAGUUACACGACUUCGUAGCUGACGGAUUCACGGCGCCCUUUCUACCUGCCGGAUGGCAGCGCUCGUUAUCAAAACGAGGGUACGAAAUGGUGGCUCGUUCAACGAGAUUCAACGGGGUUCAACGAGGCCGAUACCGGUCCACCGGGGAGGCUGAGGAGCUGACGCGUUCGGCUAGCGAUCUUUUGUCGACCUUGACCGCCGCGCCCUGAUCCGAAAAGAGGAUGAAAGCUCUGGACGAAAUAGAUGGAAUGAGAGAAAGACGGGAUAAGGAAGGACAAUGUCACGGCCAUCGGCGAACAUCCUUCAUCCGAGUUCUUCAGGAUACUUUCGUCGUCGUCGUCCUCGUCAUAGUCAUCAUUCUCAUCGUUGCUCGCGCUGUUGCGAUUAUUUCCUUCAUCGACGAUGUCCCGGUGAUAAGUGAUACCUUCUCAUCGUGUUUUUCCGAUCCAGGAAGAGAUCGAGUGUCGUUCUCUCGAAGGGUACAGUCGUAGUGAUGAUGUUCCUCUUUCGUGUGGUCAGGUUGCGGCCCGUUCGUCUGUUCGCGGAGUCCGAGCUGGACCACGGACUUUGUUGCUGUUAUUGUUGUUGUUCUUUCGUCAUCGUUGGUGAGCGGAAGUGAGUUUACUUGACGGUUUCCGACGGGAAUCUGAAGAAAGAUAGUUAAUAACAGGGUGCGAGACGGACUUGGGCAAGGGUGCGGCUAAAAAGAACGGAGAUGUGUUUUUAUCUCUUCUCUCUCGCCCGCGAAGAAAGCGGGGAUCGAAUGUCGGACACGAAACAAGCGUCGCAACGGUGUCUUUUCCGUGCGCGCGCGAUUUUCCUGCUUAUCGUCUGCGAAGAGAGUCUGAAAUUCGCGGGACAAUUACGGACGGACGAACGGGCGACAAAAAAAAGAACGUACGUUAGGAGCGAGUGUUGUGUUCGCGCGGGAUUUGCUCGGAGCAAACUCGGCGGAUGAUGUAACAUAAGUAUAAAUAUGGACUGUAAAUAAUGUACUAGAUAAAGCUAGUAAGUUAAGUGAGAGAGAACAUGAGUCGUCGUCAUUGUCAUCGUCGUCGUCAUCGUCGUCGGCGAGAAAAGCAGACGCAGGAGCUGGAAUAGACGGAGGAGAAAAAGAUAAAGAGAGAAGGCAGGGAGAGAGACAAA